AUGUCGUCCGAACGCGAACCUCUUUUACCCACCCACGCCAAACAGGCUCGCGAGCGUGUCCAGCAGUAUGGCUCCCAAGCUGCUCGUGAUGCCAAGUCCACCGCUCGCCAAUAUGGCGUUGACCCAGACAACCUCGGAGAGCAAGCUCGUCAGAUGGCGCCUUCUCGCCAGACCCUUGCCCGCAUGGCUCAGAUGGUAGGUGCCGUCAAAGCCGGCAAGCUACCCAGUCAGAAGCAGCUCAACCAGUUCAUCGAGGCAAUCAUGUCCAGCCCUGUCCUCGACGAACGCAACGUCGCCGGCUCCACCAAGCUCAGCCAGCAAGGUGUCAAAGUCGUUCAAGACAUCAAGGGCAUCUUGGCCUGCAUCGAACGCAUCGGCGAGAGCAAGAACGGCGAUGACAAGAUCCAAAAAUUCAUCUACCAGACUUCGCAAGCCUCCGUUAAGGUCACUGACCAAGGUGGCAUCUCGACUGAACUCCCCACCGCUUCCUCUGUUGGUGCCGAUGGAUUGCUUAACCAAGCCAAGGAAGACUCUCGCAAGGCUUUGGGUGAGAUGCAGCAGAUCGGUUCGCUAUUGUUGACUAGCAAAGCUUUCCGUGACUUGCUUGCCGAUGUGCAGUUCUUACUUCGUGAUUUGACUGCUGAUGCUGCUGCUACUGCCGCUCAGAAGGCCGGUGGCGCUGAGAGCAAGCUUCGUCCCAGUGAUGAGGAGCGUAAGAAGCGCGGUGAUGCCGUCGAAAUCCGGGCUCCUAACAAGAAGGACCUCGACCAGGCCAAGGGGCAGGCUAAGCGAGGUGCUAAGCAGGCCCAGGACAACUUGCACGGUCAGGUUCAACAGGCUACCAAGUGGCUUGAUGAGCAGACUCCUGAUGAUGUCAAGGAUAAGUUCCUCGAACGUGUCAAGCAGAUCAUCGAUGCUGUCGAGCGCGACCCUGAUUUCAAGGAGGCGCUGAACGGUAUCUACCGUAUCGCCAACAAGUGGACCGAUAUCGUCCAGGAUGUCGCUGCCAAGGCCAAAGAGCAGACCGAUAUCGACAUUGACACUCCUGAAGCCGAAGCAAACGAGAAGCUCCGUGAAGCUUUCCAACAGCUCAAGGAAAUCCUCGAAACAUUUGCAGGCCGCUCGCUCGAACCUGUCGAAAGAUCGGUCAGCGGUCUCCUCGAGCACGCCAAGGAAAUCUACGACAACGAGACGUCCAAGGAGAGCAAGGAACUCGGCGAGUUUAUCGAGGAUGUCAAAUCGUUCAUCGACCGUGCUUUGAACGAGGAUGGAUUCAUCCAAUCCAACCGAUCCAACCGUAUGGCUUCCGACCUUUACGACCGAGCUCAGAAACUCUUCAACGCUACUGGAAAGGAAGCUAACAAGCAAGUCUCGAAGCUGAGAGGUGACUUUGAUGACAGCUUGGACGAGAUUUCCCACUUUGUUCAAGGUCUUGAGGACGAUGCUGAGUUGCGCGAGCUUGCUCAGAGGAUCGAGAAGUUGGGUAGCGAUGUCAACUUUAUCGACUUGCAACGUAUCUUGAACUCGCAUGGUCAGGGUGUCUUUAACCUCUUUGCCGAUCUUGGUAAUUCGGCUGGUGGAUUGGUCAGGGAUACAGUGGAAGUGUUCAUUCCUCGUCUCAUCAACGAGAUCCAAUCGAUCCCCUUGCCUCGUAUCGAAUUCAUCUCGCGCGAAGCCGAUGUUGUCAUUGACGACCUCUCCCUCACCGCCUCGACCGCCUCCUUCGUCCCUGACCGAGUUCGCAUCAUCAACCGCAACGAUCUCACGCUCGACCAACGUCGUUCUUCGUUCGGAUCCAACUUUGACGCUUCUCUUUACCUCGAAAUUGAAGGACUGCGAGUGAAAGCGGCGGAUGUAGCCUACUACAUUAACAAGAAAACCGGUUGGAUCGGUUGGCAAGACUAUGGAUUCCUCGACCUCGACCUUGGUGGACGCGAUGGCACCUCUUUCGUUGUCAAACUCGAAAACGCAGACGAACAAGACUCGGAAUCGUUCUACAAGGUUAAACGUGUCGGCGUGGACAUGUCUUCGUUUAAGGUCAAGCUUCGACAGACGAAACAUUGGUUCUUGAACUUUUUCCUGAUGCCCUUUGUUCGUCCUGUACUGAGGAGAGUCUUCCAGCAAUUGUUAGAGGAACAGAUUAAAACUUGGCUCCAAAACCAGGAUCGUUUCCUUUGGGCUGCUCAACAGCGGGCAAAGGUUAUCAACAGUUACUCCAAGACUGCCAUCAAGAAUGGACAGGACAUCUCGACCAAAGCUUACCUAAAAGCCAUCUUUGCUCCGGACUCUGAUGCUUUCGAGCCCUACGGAAGUAAGGCCGCACAGCCCCGCACCGAUGUCGGUCUUGCGCAUGGCUUCAGAGUGCAAGGCGCUCAAGGUGAAUUCAAGUUGACGAUAGGAGCAAGUUACUCGAAGCAGUUGCUGCCUGGUAAAGGAGGCCCGUUUAGGUAUGCAAAGGAAAAGAUGGAGGAGUACAAGAACAUCGAAGAUAGCAUCAGCCAAGCCGUUGGCAUGCUUAGAGAGGGUGCCGACGAGGUGAGACAAGGUGGAAGGGAUGCUGUUCAACAGGUGAGGCAGGGUGUGCAGGGUUUCGAGGCAGAUGCGAGCAAGGUGGGUGCUAAGGCCAAGCAAGAGGCUAACAAGUUGGGUCGUGAGGCCAACAAGCAGGAGAGAGAGGAGAGCACAAGUUCCGGUUGGAGGUCGAAUGUUUUCGAUUGGGCAAGCAACGUCGACCUCUAA